AGGUUGUCAGUAGAAAUGAAGUAUGCAGGCAGCGUAAGAUAAAAAGCAUGGAGAAAGAUUUGGGGAAGGAGAUUAUGGAUAUGAGGGAGUGUUAUAGGAAGGGAAACACCAAACAUGUAACAUGGAGGAGGGCUCAGCUCAAAGGCUUGCUAUCUUUUCUUGAGGAAAAAGAGGUGGAAAUUUUCAGGGCUUUAAACCUGGAUUUAGGGAAGAAUUAUGUUGAAGCAUUUCGUGAUGAGGUAGGACUUAUAAAGAAAUCACUGAAUCUUGCAUUGAAGGAUUUGAAAACAUGGAUGGCAAGCAAAGAGGCUAAACUUCCUUCAAUUGCACUGCUUUCAUAUGCUGAAUUGGUUCCUGAGCCUCUUGGCCUUAUCCUCGUUAUCUCUUCUUGGAACUUUCCCAUGGGAUUAUCCUUGGAGCCUUUGAUAGGAGCCAUAGCUGCAGGAAAUGCUGUGGUUAUAAAACCAUCAGAGUUGGCCGCUGCAAGUUCUUCUCUUCUUGCUAAUACGCUCCCCAAUUACCUUGAUACUCAAGCUAUCAAGGUCAUUGAGGGUGGCCCUGCUGUUGGUCAACAACUGCUUCACCACAAAUGGGACAAGAUUUUCUUCACAGGAAGUACAAAAGUGGGACGGAUAAUAAUGUCAGAAGCAGCAAAGAAUCUAACGCCAGUUACUCUAGAGCUGGGUGGGAAAUGCCCUGCUAUUCUUGAUUCCCUUUCCUGGUCUUGGGACAAGGAGGUGGCUAUAAAUCGAAUCAUUGGGGCAAAAUAUGGAUCUUGUGCGGGUCAAGCAUGUAUAUCAAUUGACUAUCUAUUAGUGGAAAAGCCAUUUUCAUCUACCGUGGUGGAACUGAUGAAGGCCAUGAUCAAGAAAAUGUAUGGAGAUAACCCUAGAGAAUCACAGAGUAUUUCGAGGAUAAUUAACAAACAUCAUUUCUUGAGACUGAAAGACCUUUUAACUGAUCAAAAGGUUAAAGACUGUAUUGUCUAUGGCGGUUCAAUGGAUGAAGGCAGCUUGUUCAUUGAGCCAACAAUAUUAGUGGAUCCCCCACUAGAAUCAGCAAUGAUGACAGAAGAGAUCUUUGGUCCAUUGCUUCCAAUAAUCACGUUGGAUAAGAUUGAAGACAGUAUUGAUUUUAUCAAUUCAAGGCCUAAACCAUUAGCACUAUAUGCUUUCACCAAAAAUGAGGUGUUGAAGGAGAGAUUGGUAUCUGAAACAUCAUCUGGAAGUGUGGUUUUUAAUGAUGCAAUCAUUCAGUUCGCAGCUGACACCCUUCCAUUUGGGGGCAUUGGUGAAAGUGGGAUAGGAAAAUACCAUGGGAAAUUCUCCUUUGACACAUUUACACACUACAAGGCAGUGACCAGAAGAAGCUUACUCACUGAUUUUUGGUAUAGGUUCCCUCCAUGGAACAAUUACAAACUGGAACUCCUUGAGAAUACUUACAAUUACGAUUAUUUUGGAUUGCUGCUUGUCAUUUUGGGGUUGAAGAGGUCUAGAAAGACUUUUCACGUCAACUAGUACUUCAGAUAUAUACAUGUACCUCUUUAUCCAUGCAUGGCUAUAUUAUAAGCAACCUUAAAAUGUUGGUAACGAUUUGUAGCCAUCCAUCAAUCCCCUGCAUUUCUCUUCCAUUCUCGUUGUGUAAUGUGAAAUGCAGUUAUUUCAGCAUAAAAUGUGUAUAUCGUGGAGUGUCAGAUGAUCAAGAUAUUGUUAAUGCCUGCUCCAUAAUUUACCAGGAUUUGGAAAAUAGGGAAUAAAAUUCCUCUGCUAUGGCCCUUUAUGUGCCUCAUCACUGUUUUUUUGACACGUGGAUUAGUGAAUUAAUAAAUUAUUGGCAAAUUAAGGGGAGUUUGCCGUUUAACUUUUA